AUGAGUAAAGCCUACGAUCGCCUGGAAUGGGACUUCCUUGAGUGUGUAAUGCAAGAGAUGGGCUUCAGUCACCUGUGGAUACAAUGGAUUAUGCAAUAUGUUACCUCAGUAUCAUAUUCCUACUUACUGAAUGGAGUAGAACAAGGACUUGUCAUCCCGGAAAGAGGGAUCCGCCAAGGCGACCCUCUUUCACCUUACCUGUUCAUCCUUUGCAGUGAAGUUUUGUCUGGACUCUGCUCUAAAGCCCAGCGUGAUGGUCGACUCCCUGGAGUAAGGAUAGCUCUAGGCUGCCCUAGAGUAAACCACCUUCUCUUUGCAGACGACACAAUGUUUUUUUGUCGAUCUGAUGGCCAAAGCUGCUCAACGCUCCUCACCAUCCUGAAGAAAUAUGAGAAUGCAUCAGGACAAAUGUUAAACAAAGCUAAAUCAGCAAUUACAUUCUCAUCCAAAACUUCUGAGGACACAAAAAAUGAGGCACAACGUCUACUAGGAAUCCAAAAGGUGGGAGGUCUAGGUAAGUAUCUGGGAUUACCUGAGAUGUUUGGCAGGAAGAAAAGAGACCUAUUCAACCAGAUAAUAGACCGAAUAAGACAACGAUCCCGAAGCUACUCCUCCAAGUUCCUCUCUCCCGCGGGUAAGACAACUAUGCUUAAAUCAGUCCUCUCGGCAAUGCCCACUUACACCAUGUCAUGUUUUAAGAUCCCCAAGUCAUUAUGCAAAAGAAUUCAAUCCGCUCUCACGCGGUUCUGGUGGGAUUCCUCCGAAGAGAAAAAGAAAAUGACAUGGUUAGCCUGGAACAAGAUGACAAAAUCUAAGAGAGAUGGGGGUUUAGGUUUUAGAGAUAUUACCAAUUUCAAUGACGCCCUCCUUGCGAAAGUGAGCUGGCGAAUCCUCAACCGACCAGAAUCAUUGUUAGCAAGACUUCUCCUAGGCAAAUACUGCAAAACAGAGUCUUUCCUCACAUGCUCGGCCUCAUCAACAGCCUCACAUGGCUGGCGGGGAAUAUGCAUUGGGAGAGAUUUAUUGAAAUCUCAACUGGGAAAGGCUAUUGGCUCUGGAACUGAUUCUUCUGUCUGGUAUGACCCCUGGAUCUCUCUGACCUCUCACGCAACACCUGUAGGACCACCACCAAAAGAUUGUCAACACCUGUGUGUGAAUGAUCUAAUCUGUCCUAACUCUAAGACCUGGAAUAGAGAGAAGAUACGAGAGAUUUUACCUCAUCAUGAGGAGGUAAUCCUCCUCCUUAGACCGAGUAAGCUAAAUGCCCCAGAUCGCUACCUCUGGCUCCCCACCAAGUCAGGAGUUUACACAGCAAAAUCUGGCUACCAUGAGGCAUCAAAAGAAAGUAAUCACCAGACUCAUCAAGACGCGACGCUGAGAGACUUCAACUGGCUCAAAGAAGUGUGGAACUUUCGAUGCUCGCCCAAAGUGAAAUUCCUCCUCUGGAAAGUACUAAACAAUGCUCUCCCAACAGGGAGAACCUUGCAGGAAAGGAAUAUCAACCCGGAUGCGGUUUGCCCCCACUGUAAUGAUCAGGAAUCGAGUCUCCACCUCUUCUUCCACUGCCCUUUGGCCAAGCAAGGGAUUGAAGUAACCAACAAAUUAACCUGCUUACCUCCAACUGGUAUUUGCCAAGGAACCUUGUCGCCGUGGAUCCUCUGGGCGCUUUGGACCACCAGGAACAAGAAGAUAUUUGAGAAGAAAUCCCCAAAUGGCCCGGAUAUUGUAUCUACAGCAAUACAUCAAGCGAGAGAGUGGAUUACAGCCCAAGAUCUGCGACCACAGAUCCCUAAAUCUCACCAAAAUCCCUCGGAUCUAAUAACUCGAUCAGACUCGAUCCGGUGUUUCUCUGAUGCUGCGUGGAGAACUGAUUCGCGUGAAGCCGGCUUGGGAUGGAUCUUCUUUGACUACCCUCUGAUGUCUGAGACCCAAGGCACAACUUUUCUACAAAACGUGAGCACCCCCCUUCUGGCUGAAGCUUCGGCUCUACUUUUCGCCAUUCAUGAGGCCCUCGAUCUAGGCAUCAAAAACAUCAUCUUUGCUUCGAUUCGCAACAGCUAA